CGUGUCUGGAUCAAUUGGCCGAUAUCAGUGAAUGAUGUCACUUUAGUCACUUCGUGUAUUUUCCUCAUUUCAGUAUAGAUCGUAAUAGAGAAGCAGACGCAACAACCAACCCUUCCUUGUCGGAAUCAUUCAGAGCGUCCUGAUUUUGGUGACAUGAAUAACCUGAAAUGUGUUGUCAUAGGCGACGGAGGGGUCGGGAAAACUUGUAUGUUGAUAAGCUACGCCACCAGCAGAUUUCCUCGGAAUCACAUACCCACUGUCUUCGAUAAUUAUUCAGUUAAUGUGUCAAUAAAUAAUGUUAUUUAUAACCUUGGUCUGUUCGAUACGGCUGGACAAGAGGAGUACGAUCGUCUGCGCAUAUUGGCCUACCCGUUGACUGAUGUAUUUCUUGUUUGCUUCUCGGUGGUGGAGCCGGACUCGUUUGAAAAUGUCAAAGACUUGUGGGUGAAAGAACUAAAAGAAAAUAACCCAGAUACACCAUUUUUACUGGUGGGAACUCAGAGUGAUCUACGGGAUGACGGGUUGACGCAAUCGCGUCUUCAACGCCAAAACAAAAAGAUGGUUUCAGUAGAGGCAGCGGAAAAAUUGGCAGAGAAAAUAGGAGCUGAGUGUUACGUCGAGUGCUCGGCACUGACACAGAAAGGAUUGAAGGAUGUUUACGCGGAAGCUAUGCUAUCAAUUUUCGCCCCAAGAAAGAAACUAAAAACGCACUGGUACAGUCGUUUCAUCAAGAAGCCAGCGUGUAUAUCAGCGUAAUAUGACGACAUUUGCUUUUAUUCUUGGUAGGCCUACAUCGAUCAAGAGGAAGUGUAGUGUUGUAUAACUAGAGACUCACACAGUGAAGAUAUUUUUGAUAAACAUAAUUAUCACAGUUUGUUGUUAUUGGAAAGUACAAAAACGAAUUCCUUACAUUCCGAACCGUUCUCCUCUUGACCGGAAAACGAUUGAGAAUACAAAACGAGAAGAGAUAUCAAGCUUAGCAUGAGCUUAGUAUCUAGAGUAACUUGUAUCAAUUGUUAUAAAUUGCCAUAAGUGCGUUCUCAGACUAUUGUUUACGUGUCGCCAGUAUACGCAUGAUUUAUCCAUAUAAAUUGUGAAUAAUUACGAUUGUAUUUGUUAGUAAACUAAUAUUCGAAUCGCCAGACCUAAAAAAAAGACAAUCGUUUAUAUGGCAA